UUAGUGCUCAGGUUAGUGGUUAGAAUUAGGCAUAAAAGUUAGGGUUAGGGUGUGGUUAUGAUGUUAUUGUGAAGGUUAGAGGUCUAAGAAAAUAUUUGUAGUCAUGAAAACAACGUGUGUUUGCAAGUUUUGCAACGAAAGUUUAAACAACCUUAAUUUGACCUUGCGGGUACAUUUGGUCUGUCCCCAUGACAACAUUUACUAUUUUUAACUCAGUGGUUAGGUUUUGGUUAAAAAUGACAAUUAGGAUAAGAGCCCCCAACUGUGUCGUUAUGACCAGGAGUUUGAAUCGAGGGUGUGGGGGGGUCCAGCAGCGGCUGGUGCAGUUUGGCUGCCCAAUUGGAAAUCCUGAAUUCAGGAGGGAUCAAUUUGCUGGUAAAAGAAAACUUUAGGAGUUACAGUUAGUUGUAAGGUUAAGGGUUGGCGUUAGGGGUUCGGGAAAAUAAGAUGUUGAUUGGGAAGAAUUUCCACAACGAUAGUACAACCUAAAAUGUAUUAUAGUGCUUCCAUGGUGAGGACUAGAAGUAUGGAAAACCAAGGAAAAUACAGUUCACUAUUUAAGUUGGGUGUUAGGGUUAGAAUUUAGGUUUAAAGUUAGGAUUAGGGGUUAGGUUUAGGAGUUAUCGUUACGUUUUGGGUUAGGAAUCGGAUGUCUAGGUUAUGGUUAGAGUGAGGAUUCGGAUUAGGGUUAAGGUAGGCUUUUUUCAGUGGAAACCUUAUUCAUUGCAGUAUGGAUCAAGCAGACCUGAAAGUUAAAGGAGAAAGUUGAACUUUCAAAGGGACAAUAAUGAGCAUACAGACGACUCUGUGUUCAACCUCUGCCCAAGGCACUUCAUUAUUACCCUAAUUUAUCUAAUCAACUGAUGUUUUGAACGACUUUAAAUGGGGCUGUGAUUGGGAAUGGUUUGGGUAACACGCGCCGAGCGCGCACACAGACUCUCACUGCCCUGGUUCUUUUCACUUUAGCCUAGUUCGUGUCCCACUUUAGCUUGCUGCUGCAGUUACAAUGGUUAUAUUGCAUUCUUUUAUCUAUUUUUUUUACAAAACAAGAACGCCUUCUACAAAGUCGAGGAUCCCAAUUCAAUAACGUCUUAUAUCCAGCUAGCAUUAAAACUAUUAAGGUUGCCAUUUCUUUUGGCUUCGGAACUUCAAUCUUAAAACAGCUAUCAUUCUUCCAACAACGUAAAACAAACUCUCAUAUAUUAUUCGUUACUUUCCCCCAAUAACUUAACACCCACCCUUCCCCGAUAAACCCCCACCCACCGAAACCCUCACCACCCGACCCACACAAAACCUGCACUUCUCCAAACCCGUCCCUAGUAGGACCUAUGCACCUCCUCUUCUGCGCGCCCAAGUCCGUGCGAAAAGACGCGUAAAAGCCGCAUAGACUAUUGGAUCUACACAGUGGUGUGUGUAGAGCCUGUGUGAAGUGCGUGCAUAGCCGACGGGACAUACCAAGUGCAUAACUUGGACAGUUCGUUUUCAAAAACAGACAACUCGGAUUGACAAAUCAACUCUCCUUUUCCCCUUUUUAAUGGUUGAACUGUAUAGGUGUGUACUUUAAAGGAAUUUGUUUGGACUGUAUUUCGAGAAUAUAUGUUUUCUUCAUUUUUCGCAUGCACAGCGGCACGUGAGUGAAACCAAACCAAUACGGACUGUUAUGGAGCUUUUUCUUUACUUGGCCUUUGGAUAGCUUUGAAACAGUAAGGCGAGCGUUGUCGCUCCCCUUUUCCCGCAAAUCUCUACCUGGAUGGAAACCAUGUCGCCACAGCAACAGAACGAGCUGAGCCGUAGGACGUCGCUCUCGUGCGAGUCCAAGACCAGCGUGCAGCAGGACAACAAGAAGAGGUUGAAGUCUCUGAGUCAACGUCGACAGUCAGCCCCGUCUCUGGUCAUCAGCAAGGCCCUCACCAGGUCCAGAACUGUCUCCAGAGAGACCUCCCUGAUUCCUGUGUGUCCGGAGACGUGCCCCCUCGUCCAGUCGUUCAUGUGUCCCGAUAGGGAGUACCUCCUGCACAGCCACGUCACGCUAAAGACAGGGCUUCAGACACAGGAAAGAGACAUCUUCCUCUUCACGGACAUCCUCGUCAUCGCCAAGGCUAGGUCGCCCACUCACUUCAAGCUCAAGGCCCAGGUGUGUGUGUGUGAGAUGUGGACUGCCCAUUGCAUGGAGGAGGUGUGUGAGGGCAGCACCUGCCCUGAAAGGAGUUUUGUCAUGGGCUGGCCCACCUGCAACUGUGUGGCCAUCUUCAGUUCUGAGGCCCAGAAGGAUAGAUGGCUCUCCUUGCUCAUAAGUCGAAUAAAAGAGGAGAAGGAAAAAGAAGAUCCUAAAACCAUCCCACUGAAGGUCUUUGGGAAAGGCAUAGGGAGUUGUGCUCAGGCUGUCUGUAAGACCUUGGCUGUCAGUAACUCUGACUCAACCAAUGAGGUCGUCCGUCUCGCACUGCAGCAGUUUGGUGUCACUAGCUGUGUGAAGGAUUAUCAGCUGUGGGUGAGCUCCAAGAGGGACAACGCCCCCUACCCUCUCAUUGGUCACGAGUUCCCCUUCACUAUCCAGAUGAGCCACGUGCGCCAGUCCCUUACCCAGCAGGGCAGCAGGGAUGCAGUAUACACCCCAGACAGACAGAGGGCGAUGCCCCACGACCAGGUACAGGUGGACAAACAGUGCCAGUUCAUCCUCAAAACUCGACGCAGCUCCACAACAACAACGCCUGUGAUUGUUGACCCAGCUCAGAAACCCUUCAAGCGAAGGCGUUCUCUCAUAAACUGGGCCUUCUGGAAAGGCUCCAACUCCAACCUCGACAGUUCAUCCACUAACAUCUCCUCCCCCGCCACUGGCUACCUGUUCGGCCAAAAGCUAAACACCAUAUGUUGGGACAACACCCUGCCCAAGUCAGUCAUGGACAUGCUGGUGUUUCUGUACAACGAGGGCCCAUUCACGCGAGGGAUAUUCCGACGGUCGGCGGGGGCAAAGGCGUGUCGUGAACUAAGGGACAGAUUGGACUCUGGGGCUCAGGGCGUCCCGCUGACCCGGGAACAUGUCUUUAUCAUCGCUAAUGUCUUCAAGGACUUCUUAAGGAACAUCCCAGACAGCCUGCUGUGUUCCAGUCUCUAUGACCAGUGGAUGGAUGUGAUGGAAGAGUCAGAAGCAGAGGAAGCAGAGGAAGAGAAGCAGGCACAGGAUAUAAAGAGUCUGAUUUGCUUGCUGCCUAAAGAGAACGCCCUGUUGCUACGCUACCUGGUUGCCAUGCUGCAUGGUAUCCAGGAAAACGCCCAUGACAACCAGAUGAACGCCUUCAACCUGUCUGUGUGCAUUGCUCCCAGCAUGCUCUGGGCUCCAGGCCCCAGCAGCCCAGAGGUGGAAGGGGAGGGAGCCAAGAAGGUGUGUGAUCUGGUGAGGUUUAUGAUAGAACACUGUCAGGAAGUCCUGGGAGAGGACGUCACUUCUCUAUUUGGAGAACGGCCACGGACACGCACUGGGUCAGAUCUAUCCUCCUUCCACCUGACGGACUCGUCCUAUGACAGCCUGGAGAACAUGCUGAAUGACGACAGCUGCGAGUCUCCCAGCCUCCACACCUCACAGGGGCGCUGGAGAGCGAACCCCUUGCAGGGAAGCCUGGACUCUGUCCUUACCCUGAGCGACUGCGAGCUUGAUCAACCCGAAGCGGACACAGACCCUGACACAGCAGACAGCCAAUCUGGUGGCCGUUACCGCUGUGAUGCAGUCCCACAAUCAAGAUCUGGCAACCUCGUCCAGCUCCCCAAACCAGGCCGUGGCAGGACCAGGAGACUAAGCCCAGCCAUGGGCCCCUCCCGCCACAGCUCCCCGGCACCGUGCAGGGGUGGCAGAAGGUUCUCGGAGCCUGCCAUAGGGUACUCUGUGGCCAGGUUUGUGGCGCGACUGACGGGGAACACGGACAGGCUGGGCAGCAUUGACCUAAUGGCUGGCUACGAUGAGGGUGAGCAUAUGUUUCACAGCUUACAGAGGGAUGGGCGGACACAAAUACAGCCACCUGGAGCGACAGAACGUCGAGGCAGUAAGGGUACGCUCGUGGGUUCGGAGUCACCGGGCCCACCGAUGCGGCGCCAGCGCCAAAGCCACUCCAGCCUCUCUUCACCCCCAGCCUCCCCCCAUCACUCCUCCCGGGACACCCUGGACACUUUCCCCUCCCAGUCCGCUCCAAUCUGGCAACCCAGGGUGGGUAGCGACACUCCUGUCCUUUCAACACCGAAGUCUUCCACAUCCGACAACAGUCUAUCCAUCCCCACCUCAGCUCCCGCCCAGGAGCUCAGUCCAAACAUCUCCUCCCUCAAGGAGAUUCCUUCCUGGGGUACCCUGAAGGCCAGCAGGGGGCUUCAUCCAAACACGUGGUUGAAAAGAGGUCGCAGACUGUCAUUAACACAGCAGGAGGAGGAGGUUAGUGUGGUGGGCUCCACUAACAAGACUCCCCCAAUUGGCAAGUCUACUCAGGAUCAAGCAGGGCUAAAACAGUUUUCAGAGGCUCCCAAGUCCAGCCUGGCCAGCGCCCUCCCAAAAACAGGGGGAGGGGUACAGAGUCAUGGCAGGGACCCAUCGCACCAGCAGUUCCCAGGGCACUUCCACUACUGCCGCUCUCCCUGUUACCAACCCGGGGACAGGUCGUUCACGGUCAAGGAGCUGAGAGAGAUUUACAACCGGGCCUGCACAACGAGCAACACGGGAUAUGAUGUCACGAACCAGGGCAGCCGUACUCCAUCCCAGAAUGUGUUCUUCGGGCAAGACGGGCCUUGCUUGUCCCUGGUCCGGUCCAAGUCCCACUUCCUAACCCCAGGAAUGGAGGGUCUCCGUGCAGGCAGGGGAUCCCGGCGCCGGAGCUCGGAAUCCGAAGCAGUGCAUACAAACGAGGCCUUAGUUUUGGAUGAGGCCUCACACACGGAGAGGCUUAACCGACAGGCCAAACUGGGCCCGAGGUCAAAGUCAGCUGACAGGUCACAUGACCUGGGGUUAAAGGUGUCUGGCGAUCCCAGCUGUUGUCUGUCUCCCUCUGCAUCAAAGGCCGUGAGGGACUAUUUCUUGUCUCAUACGUCCAGCAAUCCCCACAGUGGUCAACAGGUGGCGCUAGCCUUGAUUCAGGGGCAGAGGGAGAAGCUCAGGAGGUGUAGCGAUCCCAUGUCGGAGCCUGACUUUGACCCACUGCUCUCUGCUGAGGAGUCCUUCGUGUGAAAAUGUCGAUAAGCCAGAGGUUGUUAGCGAUAACACACACAGCUUUGAACGUAGAGGUGUUCAUUUAGGAACUUAACCAAAACAUAGUGCUUAUUAAAACCAUGGAUAUAACACACCAUGUGUUUAUUAUGGUCACUGAGUGUUGGAUAAACUAUCCUUCGCUUAGGCAGCAAUCAUUUGCUUUUUAAAAUAAAUAGAUUAUUUUAAGACUCACAGUCAGGUUAGCUAUCCAUUUCAGCAGUUUACAUAAGCACAUUCAUAUUCUGAAAUAAGACACUGAGGUGAAUGUAUCGUGUACAUAGUGUAUUUAAGCCUAGCGAAGGGAAAAGUACUUUUGGGUUCUCAUUUUAAAAGUGAACCGUUUAGGGAUUAGGUUAUUUGGUUGGAUUAAAUGGGAGAUUAUUCACAGGGAUCCUUGCAGUGGACUGCCUAUUAUAAAUACACCAUUACUAAAAUGUUUGAUCCUUAAUAGAUUUUAACGCACCUCUAAACAAACAUUCCUUACUAAAUAGUUUAAUUUGGUCCAUGUGAGCAUGCAAAACUGGGCAGAGUAUAAUGUGCUUUUGCAUUUACAGUAUUUUGUAAAUAAAGACAUACUUGAUGGCCAAUCCAUAUUGAUAAUGACAAGUGCUUUAAGCUUACAGCUGUAAAGGUUUGUAAAACUGUAUAUUUUAAUCUGAGAUUUUGUUUGGUUCAAUCUAUUUGUGUCUGAAAUGUGUACAUGUUUAAUUAUGCAUGAAAAAUAUUUCUAUUUUCUACAUUUAAGAAAUUCAGUUAAUAUAAACUGCGGCCGGUGAUGUGAAUUUUCAUACAGCUUUGUAGCGGAUUAAUUUUAGUGUCCAUAGGAUGCUAAUGUUUAAAGGGUUCCCUUUAGGCUGCUGCAUUGUGUAAUAAUACAGGCUGACUCUGCUGCUGUAUUUAAUUAACUACACUAAUUCUACUGUUUUCACGUGUGCUAUAAGGCUUAAGGAUUUAUGCAGAUCAUUAUAAUAAAUAAAUGUAACUAA